CGUCACAGCUCUUCCACAGAGAAUAUGCGCGACGCGGAGCGGCUGCACCGUGGAUCCUAACGGGACACUUUUCUCCUCCAAACAAAUCAGGAGAUAAAAGGACCAGAGACAAAAGGCAUCUGAUCUCCUCGGAUACUUUCCCUCUAACACACGGAUAAAACAACUCAGCGCAAAAACAGUUCGUGCGUAAAAAGGAAGAAGAAGCAAGAAUCUAAAGAAAAUGACUCAUUUCAACAAGGGGCCGGCGUACGGGCUGUCUGCAGAAGUCCGGAGCAAAAUUGCUCAGAAAUACGACCAUCAGAAGGAGGAGGAGCUGCGCUUCUGGAUCGAGGAGGUGACGGGGAUGUCGAUAGGAGAGAGCUUCCAGAAAGGCCUGAAGGACGGAGUCAUCCUGUGCGAGUUGAUUAAUAAGCUGCAGCCUUGCUCCGUCAAGAAAAUCAACCUUUCACAGCUGAACUGGCACAAGCUGGAAAACCUUGGGAAUUUCAUCAAAGCCAUCCUAGCCUACGGCCUGAAGCCCAACGACAUCUUCGAGGCCAAUGACCUUUUUGAAAAUGGGAACAUGACUCAAGUCCAGACCACUCUGCUGGCGCUGGCUAGCAUGGUGAGCACAUGCACAGGAAAGAGGGGUCAUUGUCCCGCGGGGCGUUUCUCUCUGGGCCCUGUUUACCAGCAUGUCCUCUCUUGGCAGGCGAAGACCAAAGGCAUGGACACAAAGAUCGACAUCGGGGUGAAAUACGCAGACAGAAAAGCUCGACAUUUUGAUGACGAGAAGAUCAAGGCUGGGCAGUGUGUGAUUGGACUGCAGAUGGGAACGAACAAGUGUGCGAGUCAGGCUGGAAUGACGGCUUAUGGAACCAGACGACACCUGUAUGAUCCCAAAACUCAGAGUGACAAACCCUACGACCACACCACCAUCAGCCUGCAGAUGGGAACCAACAAAGGAGCCAGUCAGGCGGGGAUGUCGGCCCCCGGGACCCGCAGGGACAUCUUUGACCAGAAGGUUGCGCUGCAGCCGCUGGAUAACUCCACCAUCUCCCUCCAGAUGGGCACCAACAAGGUGGCGUCCCAGAGGGGGAUGAGCGUGUACGGCCUCGGCCGGCAGGUUUAUGACCCCAAGUACUGCGCCCCCCCCACCGAGCCGGUCAUCCACACCAACGGCAGCCAGGGCACCGGCACCAACGGCUCGGAGAUUAGCGACAGUGACUAUCAGGCCGAGUUCCAGGAGGACGAGUACCACCGAGGUUACCAGGACGACUACGCCUCCCAUUACGACAACCAGAGCAUUGACUUCUAGGGAAGACCCCGCCCCCCAGGACGGAUCUCUAGUGUAUUUGAUCAGCUACACAUCAGAGCGAGACUUCACUUUCCUCACUUCUAGUCUUUCCUCUCCUGAAGCAUGAAGUUAAACGUUGUGCUUUCCGUCUGUCGUAGACUCUUUGGUCUGAGCUGCACCGGUUGGGAGAAGUUGUUGUAGCGUAGACUGCGAUACGGUGACAGAAUAUGUUUUUGUGUGUAUGUGUUGUUUUUUAAAUACUCUUUUUAAAGAUGUGUCAAUGAUGCAACACCAAAGUAGUGAUAAUGUUGCUUCAUACUUUUCUGAGUGAAACCUCUGGGAUGACGUGUGCGUCCUCAACAAUCCACCAGCCGUCUUCACUCCCUCUGUCAGUCGUGAUGUUGUUAUUCCCUAAAUGUUUCACCAUCUUUAACAGGUAUUGAAAUAAAAUGCUUGUACGAUACAGAUGAGCACCCUGCAUCAUCAGCAGCUGUAUUUAUAGCAGUGACUUUUAAUUGUAAACCAGUCCACUGUAAAGAAAAUAAUUGCUAUGCUAUGAAUAAAGUCUUAAAAUCA